AUGAACAAUGUUGUUUCAGUCUCGGCCAAGAUACGAACGCUGACAGACUUCCAUUCUCGAAUAUCUGGGAAUCAACAACCGCCAUCAAAUGCUGAAGUCAUUACCACACUCAAGUACUUUACUCAGACUCUUAUUGGGUAUGUAAUUUCAAAAGACGUAUUUUUUGAAUUUUAAAAAAUAUUAUUAAGCAGAAAUAGCUCUUUGUGUAUUUACAUGAAAAACGUCUUUUUUAUUCUAGUUUGAGAUAGAUUUUUUAAAUUACAUGUUUUCGUGGUGGAACUCAAAGAUUUUUUCAAAAUUGAAAUUUUAAAAGUGAAAAUUGAAAAAAUGUUUGCAAGACUCAAGUUUUUGGUGGAUAGACCUAAAAAAACUUAAAAUAAAUGUUUUCGUUGUGAGACUCAAAGAGUUUUUCAAAAUUUCAAUUUUAAAAAGCUGUUUGUAAGACGCAGUCUUUCGUGGCAAAACCUAAAAAGCUUAAGAUUAAGGUUUUCGUGUUGGAACCCAAAAAUAUUAAUUUUAUUUUUAAGAAUUUGCAUUUUAGUUAUAACAUUUUAAAAAAUCGAAAAUAUCUUAAAUUCUAUGAUACUUGAUUAAAACUAAGAAUUUUCAACCGAAAUCAGAUGACCGGUUGUAUUUUACCUUACGUAAAAUCCCCAAACUUUAAAAUUUCAGAUUUCUCAAAGACAUAGCCCCAAAGAACGGUCAUCUUUUUGUGAAAUUCACCUCAGAUGCUCAGCGUUCCAACCUCUACCCAAACCUCAAUUAUUCUGGUCUCUUCUAUGGUAUCGUCAAUCUACUGGACGUGUUUCCACUGAUUCAAACUGGUCAAAGCGCAAUUGGAGAGGCAAUAUUGGACUGCCUGAAGGCGUUGUACUUCUUUUUGGAUCGAGAUGCUGUAGAUCAGUAUCCGAUAUUGAUUGCUUCUCAAUUGGACGUGUUUUCGAGUGAUUUGCACAAAAAGAUUGUCAGUCUGUUGACCGAAUGUGUUUUACCGUACACGCUGAGCGAGGAUUGUUAUGGUGCACUCAGUGUGCCGGUGGUGUUGAUGUUGGUGCUACAGCAACAUUCGGAUCCUUGUAAGGAUUUUUUGGAAAUUUAUUUUGGCGAAUGGGGUUUUUAUGGAUUUUUAGGUAAUAUGUAGAAUUUAAAAUUUUUUAUUAGUUUUAGUACUGUAAGUCAAAUUUUGGUACUACCAAGCUAUUUUUAGUACUAAAAAGUUUUUUUGGUACUAUAGUUCAAAAUACUAUUUUUGGUACUGUUUUGCCACAUUUUAUUGUAGGCUUCUAGAUUUAUCUACUCUUUUUGAACUAUGGUACUACUAGUACUAACUUUUACUUUUCAGCUCUACACACAUGUCUGAUUGAGAACCUGAUGGCCCAUAAGAAUGAUAUGUACGCUGUAAGUGUAAAAUACGCUAGGUACUACUAUGUUAUGUUGCUAUAGUAUAAAAAAAAGUUUUUAGGUUUAAAAACUAAAAUUUUUUAAUUUUUUGUUAAUUCGACAAACUUUUUGACUUUAACAAACAUUUUUGUAAUGAACUUUAACUUUUAUGAUAAUCUAAAAAUGAUAAAUUUAGGAACUAAUAGCAGUAAUCGCUAAAGGAACCAGUGAAGCCCGAGUAUCAGCGGCCAAUCUUCUCUUCCAUUACUGGCCGAUCAUCAAUCCUCACAUUAUUCAUCGCAAAGCCAUUCAGUAUCGAGCACAUGGUAAGGAAUAUAAUUUUUUGAAUGUUAAGUCUUUUUAAAUCAUAAUUUCAAAAAAAUUUCAAUAUUCAUUUUUUAAAUUAAAAAAUUUUAGAAAUAAAUUUCAGGUCUUACGACGAAAACUUGAGUUUAAACAUAAUUUAAAAGAUUAUUAAGAAAUUGAGUUAUUUUGUUGUUGAUAAGUUAACACAAAUAAUGAUUUUUUAAAAGAUUUCAUAUUAUUAUAUGAUACGUUGGGUCCCACAACGAAAACCCUGAUUGUCAGGAAAGUUUAAAAGUCUGACGUAUUUCUAUUUUAAAAACCGUAAACUUUAUAUUUUGUUGCUAAAAGCAUGAUAAAAUUUUAAGUAGCGAUGAUUCUGAUUUUUGCUUUUGGUCUUACAACGAAAACCCUGAUUUCUAGGAUAAGCUUUUAUUCCUUAAAAUUUUUAUCUAAAAACCUUUAAAUUUUAGCAUGGAGCUCCCCGAUCUGCCAAAACAUAAACUGUAAUGACAAGCCGGCGGCCGUAAAACGUGUCUACGAUCCAGUGUUGUGCGCCAAAAUGGCAGACUCGGCUCCGCCAAUGUUCUUGUGCAAAAACUGUUCAGAUGACAUUGAAACAAAAGAGCCGGUGUUUUAUAUUGCUCAACCCAUGCCAGCUUCGAAUGCUACCAUGUGUCAGAAUAAGGCGUGUGAGUCGACUAAUCGAGUGGCUAUUGGAACUUGUUUUCAUGUUGAUUGUAUACGAUCACAUGGCUUUGUACCAUUGAGGCUGUGUCAGGUAAGCGUGGGUAAGGGGAAGAAUUAAAGAAAGAUUUAUUUUUUGUGUGUUGUAAAGAAAGUUCUUGCCAUUUUUUACUUUGUAAAGAAAUUUUUCGCCAUUUCUUGCUCUUUUUUCAAAGUUUUUAAAUCUGUAAAGAAAGUUAUUGCUGUCUACUAUACCAAAACCUCUCUUCAGGAAUGCCUCCAAGCUAUCCACUGCACUAAAAAGCAUGAAGAACACUUGGUACACAUUGGUCUAACCUGUGCAUGGGACUCCGAAAUCGAGCGGGACAUGGUAGAAGCCGUAGUGAAACUUCUGAAAGAGACUUCAGGUCAACUAGAAGGUCAAGAAGGCGAAACGAAACGACCGAAAUGGCUGCGACAACUCGAAGCCGGCCAAUCUCUGGGCAAAGACAUAGACAACAUGAGCGACGAACGACGUAUGCUAAGUCGGUAUGGUAUAUGGCUGAUGGCUGCGUUAUGCCCACCUUCGAAAGAGGCACCAGAAGUUGGAGUGGGCUACAUCAUGAGCAUGUUAUUUCAAUGGUUUGCGACCACUGCGUUGUUACCUAAUGAUUCGAUGGGGGCGGCGUUGGAACAGCUGAAAACUGAUGUGAGCUAAUGUGUUUUUAGGUGGUUUUGAUGUAACAACGGUUAGAAAGGUCAUAUAGGGUAAUAGAAAGUCCAAAAAAGCGCAACAUUGGGAGUUACAAGUUUUCGUUGUAGGACCCAAAAUUAGAUGGGAAGGGAGUAUUUUACCGUAUUUUUGCUGUAAAAAUGAUUAAAAAGGUCAGACAUUAACAUAAAAACCCGAAAACCUGUUAAAAAUUAAAGUUUCAGGUUUUCGUGGUGGGACCUAAAAUUUUUGCUGUGUUUCAAAAUAUAAUGUUACAGUAGUAUAAAAAUGUGUAAUAAACCAUAAUAAUGGGAAAUUUUAAUCUAAUUUUGUUUUAGUUCGCAUCAGACUGGUUGAACAUGGCCAUAACCAAUCAUUACGAAGUGUUUAUCAGUAUUCUGAACCCAAAUCUGCCAGAUUAUGCUCAAGUUGGUGGUGUGUGGGACAAGUUAUGUUCACGAAAGGACCAGCUUAAGGAAGGAUUGUCAAAACUGUUGUCGUUAAUGCCAUACGACGUUAUUUCAAUGGAUACCUGGAACAGGGUUAUAGCGAAUUGGCUGAGAGUUAUAGCUGAACCGUCGGACGAUGAGGACUUUUCGGAAUUGAAAGUUUUGUUGUGGUAAAUGGUUUUUAAAAUUUUUAAAUUAAAAAAAAAGUGGAAAAAUUGCAUUUUUUUAAAGUUUCUAUAACAUUGGCACAAUAUUUUUUUGAAUUUUGUAGAUAUUUUAUGUUAUGCAGUCUGCGAAUGACAAUUUAUACGAUAAAUUACAUAUUUUUGUUUGGAAAGCAAGUGCUUGAUAUCUUUCGAAAAAAAGUUCUUGUUAUUUUUUGUUUUGUAAAAAAAGUUCUUACCAUUUUUUGUUUUGUAAAGAAAUUUCUUGCCAUUGUUUAAACAUUUGUUACCUAAAUCUAACAAUUUUCAGUAAAAUCUUCGAGCCAGAUCUCUGUCCCCUACCUUUCGACCAGAAGAAAGUAUUCGAAUUCAUUUUCACUCGAUUAGCGACCGGUAAUUACAAUGAGGUACUAGACGCUCUGGAUUGGCUCCACUUACUCUGUCGGAUGGAUAUUCGCAUAUCCAUGGACAUGAUAUUAGAAAUGGCAACAAUAUGUUUGAGAAGGAGUCAUGAGAUUAAGCCUACGGCUAAUGUUGAGGACGAUUUGGACGAAGACAUUGGCCCUAUGGCUGUUCAGGUGGUCAUGGUGGAUAUUGUCGCUCAGCAGGUGGGUAGAUUUUUUAAAAAAAAUAUGAAAAAAAUUUUUUUUUGACAAAAAAGCGCAGUAACUUUGUUUACAUAUUAAACAAUAUAAAUAAGUUUUAUUUUCAACGUAUAACUUGUCGCUCGCUCGCACAACGAAAAAUUUGAUUUUUAAGCUCUAUUUUUGUAAUAUAAGGCAAAAAGAGCAAGAACUUUCGUUACAAAACAAAAAACGGCAAAAAAUUUAAAAAAACAUAGAAUAGCAAGGACUUUCUUUACAAAAUAAAAAAUGGCAAACAUUUUGUAUACAAAGCAUAUAAAUAGAAAGAAUAUUAUUUGUCGUAUAACUUGUCACCAGCAGGCUGCAAAACACGAGAUUUUGAAGAUUUUUUAUCAAAAUGGCAAGAACUUUCUUUACCAAUCAAAAAAUUGCAAGAACUUUCUUUACAAAGCAAAAAAUGGCAAAAACUUUUUUUUUAAAUUAAAAAAUAGAAAGAACUUUCUUUACAAAGUAAAAAAUGGCAAAACCUUUUUUUACAAAUUAAAAAAUAGAAAGAACUUCCUUUACAAAACAUAAAAUCGCAAGAACUUUUUUUACAAGACAAAAAAUGACAAAAACUUUCUUUCCAGAUGAAGUUGAACGAAGGCUCAAACGAACUCAACGACUAUACUGACCAACUAUUCGUGGUAAUGGCCCUGAUAAUGCAAUAUCCAGAAGGCACAUCUAAAUACGAUCUUCAUUCGUGUCAGAACCCAGAAGCCGAUCAAUUCUCCGAUUGUAUUCGAUGUCAACAAGCUGUGUACCUGUACCAAAUUGUCAUGCAACUGGUCGAACAGUUAUGUCCAAAGAAUGAAAUUCGAAUUGAAGUUGAUGAUAUUAACCAUAGUGAUUGGCUGGCAGAAGCACAGCUGUCUGAGAGUAUUACUACGGCUUCGAGACAGGCUUCAAAUCCACUGUCACCAAGGAAUAUGAUCAGUUCUAUUGGUAGGUUUAGAGGGGUAAAGUAAGGGGGUCGUAGAAAAAAAUGGCAAGAACUUUCUUUAAAGAACAACAAAUGGCAAGAACUUUCUUUACAAUACCUAAAACGACUGAAAUUUUUCUUCAUCGUAUAACUUGUCACCCGCAGGCUGCAAAAACUAAUUUUUAUCAUAAACAGCCAAAAACUUGGUUUAAAAUUUGAAAAACUAAUUUUUUAUCAUAUUACAAUGCUCUACUACAAUAAUCACAAUUUCAGUCCAAUCUCCCGGAGUCUUUUCCAACUUCCCCCAAGCCCCCAAGGGUACUCUAGCCAGUCCUCAAUACCUUCAAGCCACAAUGGAGUCGCCAGCCUACGAUGAAUUUGCUGGGAUUCUGCCUUCAGAAGAGAUUGAAACAGCUUUCGCUGAGCAAGUUACAGUAACCGAACGAGACUUGGGUCAUGAAACGUGUCAAGUGGUGACAGAGACCCUACUUAACAGUCUACAUGAUGGCAGUGGGUGUAAUCCACAAAGUAGAGACAAUCAGUUCUGGGACACUUCAGUUGGCAGGUUUAAGUUCUCGGUUGAUCAACUCCCACCUCAACUUCAGUUUGUUCAUAGCUUACUUAUGGUGAGUUACUGUAACUUUUGUGCUUUGUAAAGAAAGUUCUUGUCAUUUUUUGCUUUAUAAACACAUUUUUUGCGAUUUUUUGUUUUGUAAAGAAAUUUUUCGCCAUUUUUUGUUUUGUAAAGAAAGUUUUUGCAAUUUUUUGUUUUGUAAAGAAAGUUCUUGCCAUUUUUUGAUCUGUAAAGAAAGUUCUUUCUAUUUCCAGAAUAUUGACCGAGAACUCGACCCAGAUGUCCAAUACUUCCUCCUAACCAUCUUGAAAUACCUAUGUCUACAUUACGAAGCCUUAAGUCAUGCCAAACGAGAAUACCGUGGAUACCUCAUCUGGACUCAAGAGAACCUUUUCAUACCUAAAUUAUGGAAAUUAUUGAAAAGCAACUUUGCUCAAGGCGGUCAAUUGGCGGUACCUCUUAUCAUUCACGCCAUGACGUUACCGUGCGGAGAGGACGUGUUUUGGAACGUUGUGAACAAAGACUUUACUAGUGCUGAAUGGGAGGUCAGGUUCAAGGCUGGUAAGGUUUACUGUAAUUUGUAGGGUUAGGGAUGGAAAGCGGGGGGGGGGUGUAAGGCUUGUGUAAAAAUAGGACAGGGUAAGGUAGGAUAAGGUACUGUAAGUAAGGCAAAGUAUGUUUAAAGAAGUGUAGGGUAGGGUAGAGCUGGUAUAAGACUAAUAUAGGGCAAGGUAAAGUCUUUUGAUUACACAAUGGUUUUUUAAUCGUAUUUUACAAAAACAUUUCAGUUGAAAGAAUUUACGUAUUGGCUCAUUUGGUACCAGCAGGACCAGUAAAAGCGAACAAAUUGCUCCAAACUUGUUUGAGUUGUGCCUUUUCUCAUCUUAUUGUAUCAGUAAACGAUCCGAAUGCUGCUGUAGCACAAAGAACAUUACUGUUACUUCAGGCCAUGCCUUCACAGGCUUUGAAUGUAAGUCAUCUUAAGUUAUAAACAAUGAAUAAUAAUCACAUUAUAGUUGAUCUGCUACUGCCUGGAAAGCCAAUUCGAUUCCUGUAUUUUGGACCGCCCUUUGAUAAUCGGCCGGAUCUUUUUACUGACACAAAUCGUGCCAAACCAAAACUUUUUCUCAUGGGAUUUCUUCAUUCAACGCUUCGAGACACUCGCUUUGGAAGCUCAACUCAAAAGACAACAAGGAGAACAUACGUUUGUUCAGGGUAAGAUUUUUUAGUUUAGCUAAGCCUUAGCCCAGAGCCUUAGCCCGGAGCCCGGAGCCCUAGACCAGAGCCCUAGACCAGAGCCCUAGCCCAGAGCUUUAGUUUAGAGCCCUAUUCCAGAGCUUUAGCCUUAGUUGUAGCCUGGGUUAUCUCUGGUUCUAGCGUGAUUUUAGUCUUAGGCUCAGCAUUAGCCUGGUUUCAUCUUUAGUCUGACCAUAAGCUUUUUAUUAUAUUGGCUUUGAAACUAGGACCGGGCUGGGCCGAAAAAUUAAGCUCGGUUUGGCCUCUUUACAGAUCUACCAUAUCUUACUCUACUUAACCCUAAGCUGACUCGAACUUUAGUACGCAAUUAAGUUUACACCAGAGAAAUACACUUUAAAAUUGUUGAAUAAUAACAUUUCAGAUCUCCUACACACAGACCCAAUGAGUGAAUUGUAUCAACGGAAAGUGACAAAAGCUCGGCAAAGUUUGAAUGAAGCUGGGUCUGUUCGGUCGAUUGUGAAAAGUCUACGCGAAAACUCAUUGAAACAUCAACUAACGAUGAGUGCCAAAGUUGAAAAAGGUUGGUUUGAAGAAUUUAGUUGUCUUCUCACGUUUUGAAUGUAACAUACGAGGCUUACAGUAUAGUAUCUCGUAUAAAAAAGUAACUACAGUCAAACCCCUUUAGUAUGAUGCUUAAGGUACUGACGUAACUCGUCAUUAUGACUAGGGUGUCACACUAAAUAUGGUUGUACUAAAGAGGUUUGACUGUAUGAAACGUACAAAGUAAAACAUCUUUGUUAUACUACAGACUUCUCAUUGUUACUGUCUUUUGUUUGAAUGUAAAAAAGUUUGCAGUUUAUUUGAGUUAAAUUUUAUUGUUAAUGUAAAUUUUUACAUUGUAAAUAUGUCAUCAAAAAGGACUUUAUUGUACUAAAAUUGUAUUUAUACUUGCAGGAUUUUUUGGCGUAUUUUACUCAAAAAAUUUAUUUAAAAUUGUGUAAAAUUUGGCGAUGGAUUGCCGUGAAGUUUUGGCUUGAUUUUCAUUUUGAGUUGGCUUGAGCUGUUCAUAUGUCUUUUUAAAAGUAUAUGUAGUGGAAAGAAAGUUUAUGCAAAUGGUAAUGAAAAAUUUACUGGAAUUUUAAUCCACUGUCUCUUUGUAGUUAAGGGAAGGGGCAAGAGUAGGGACAGGAACAGGGAGAGAGACAAGGACAAACACAGGAACAUGAACAUGAAUAUGAAAAUGAACAGGGACAUGAACAUAAACAUAAACAUGGACAGGGACAGAGAAAGGACGGAGACGCAGGGUGGAGCUAGGUCUAGUGCUCUUGCUAAGGUUAGGCUUAGGGUAAGGGAAAAUAUUCGAAAAAAAACUUUUGCAUAACUUUCUUUCCACUUCAAAAAACUUGCUGAAUUUUUGUAAAAUUGGGCUUGAUCCAAAACAAAUUGUCAUAAUAUACAGCACAAGAGAUGAAGGCCCGUCGUGCCACGCAUCUACGAGGUCGUCGCGGAGCAACAACCGGAGCCGAUGUUGCUCGAAUCAAGUUGCGGAAGGUGAUAAUGAUGGUGAAGGUGUGUAACGCUUUUCGCUCAUUCACUGAUAAGAUAUGUCAACUAACACCGAUGAAUGUGAUGAGGUCGAGAACAUCGUCACCUGAGCCUGGGCUUGUGGAAGAGCAAGGGAAUAUGAAACCGACUGCUUUGGCCGCCAUUACCACCGCUUUUCCGUGUACGGUGAAUGUGAACUUUGGUGUGAAUGUAAUGAUGUUGUUAGUGGAGGUGUGCUUUUUAUUGGUUUUUUGCAUGUUUUUGGGGGUGUUUUGGCUCCAAUUUUAAAUUUUUUAAAAAAGUUUUAAAAUGAAAUUAUCUGUGUUUACUGAUACAUUGCACAUGAUUUUUUUAAUUUACACUACCUGUCGCGUGUGUUGUUUUUUUUUGCUUUUAUAAUUAAUUUUUAACAUUAUUCAUUAUCCCUAUAUAACAUUAGCUAUAUUUAGGUUUUUUUUUCUUUUCUAAGUUAAAAUGUGCCACAUUAAGAUAACCUUGGCAAUGUUAUAGUACUUUUAGCUCUACAAAGGUACCUUGCACAAUUGUUAAGGUUACUUAACUUUUCCAAAUCCAUUUUAACUAUGUUAAGCCGCCUUUGCAAUAAUAUACCUUUAACUAUAUUAAUCUGUCCAUUUUGUUAUUUCGUUAACAUGAUCUGUCCUGUUGUACCUAUUAUCAGCUUUAAUUCAUUUUUCCAACCUCAUUUUUAUCUACAACUUUCAAAAUUUUUUAAAUUUUAAUUUUAAAAUUUUGAAUUUCAGUCGAUACAGGGCCUUCUACUAUCAAUCAGGCUGCUCAAGAUGCUGGAGGUAAGGAUAUUGAUUUUUGUGUAAAAUACGAUAAUUUACGUUUUUAAAUUUAAAUUUUUGCAAAAAAUUUUUUAAAUUUUGGAAAAAAAUUUGAUUUCUAAAUUUUUGAAUUAAAAAAAUUUUUAAAUUUUUUGAUACGACAACUCCUUUCAGGUCAAUACGGCCGUCUACGUGAAUUCACAGACGAAGAAUCCAACCUCUGUCUUCUCCUGAACCGUGUAGUUGAUAUGGAGAAUCCAGAACGUCAUACUGUAUAUAUUACAGUAGCCCUUUUCGUUCAUUUCUUAUCAAACAAGAAGCAGACUAAUGAUGAAAAGGCAUCAGCCAAGAAACAAAGUGUACUUUUAAGGCAUUUUAACACGCUGUUGGGGUACAGUAACUCGGAAAAGUGCUUCACUAUACCACCACAUCGUAUCAGGAGGGCAGCUGUCUGUAAUGCUUUUAUGUUGGGGUUGCCUCAGGUCUUGGAUAACAACAUGAUGAUUGGGAAUCAGGUGGGUUUAUAUUUGGGUUUGUCAUAAAAAUAUUCGAAAAAAAAAUUUUUAAAAAAAAUAGAAAAGAUUUUAAAAUUUUUUAAAAUUUUGAAAUAUUAGAUGUUGCCAAUAAUAGUUCAACUACUUCUUCACCUACCAUCACCUCAAAAGUACGCUAGCGAUUCAAGCUCAGCUGAUUAUUCUCUUUGUCUGCUUAGUCAGAACUUGAGGUAUCAUUGGCUACAUUCAGUCAUUUUAAUACUUUAUAAGGUAAGUUUUAAAACUUUUUUUCCAUUUUAGGUUCUGUAAGGAAAGUUUUUGUUAUUUUUUAAAUUUUUUAAACUGCGUUCAAAUCGGUUUUUAUUAAAAGGGGAUUUUGCGUCCUGCGGGUGACAUUUUACACGACGAAUUCUUAAGAUUUUUUGUUUUGUAAAGGAAGUUCUUGCCAUUUUUUACAUUUUCAAACUAGUGUUAAGUACAUCUUUAGUAAAUGUAGAUUUUGCAGUUUGCGGGUGACAUGUUAUACGACGAAUGCAUUCUUUUAAAGAUUUUUUUGAUUUAAAAAAUUUAUGCUUUGUAUAGAAAGUUUCUGUUUUUUACUUUGUAAAAUUUUUUUUGUUAUUUUGGGCUCUGUAAAGAAAGUUCUUGCUAUUUUUUCUCCAGUAAACAAAGUUCCUUCCAAUUUUUAAAUUUCAUUCAAAAUUUAAAUUUCAGUACCGCUUCGACGCCCUUCCCAUCAGUGAUCUGAUAACAAAGUUGAUGAUGAUAGUGAUAGCGACGUUGGAAUGUCAUUGCCAUGUGUUCGAAUGCAAUGCCACUGAAGCUCAUGUACCAGAGUUCGAAGAGUGGAGUGACACUUCAGAUGAGUCGGAAGAAGAGAAAGUGAUAAAAGAAGAGGAAGAUGAUAAUAAGAUGGUGCAUUUGGAAGAGGGGCUACACAGUCGACCAGAGAGUUUAAAGGUCAACCAGUUGAGAAGCAACCAGCCGGCUAUUAUUGAACCGGUAGGGUUUUAGUUGGCAUUUGGUUUGAAAUUUUUAAAAAAUUGUUUUGUAAAUAAAGUUUUUGCCAAUUUUUGAUUUUUAAAGAAAGUUUUUGCCAUUUUUCGUUCUGUAAAGAAAGUUCUUGUUACUUCACAUUAUAUCUACUACAAUAUACCAUUUCUAGGAAUCCGGGACACCUUCAAAACUCUUGGCCAACUCUCGACGAAACAAACGAAAAGGUCAACGGAAGAAGAAACGAAUAGUACGUGCUGAGUGUGUACGACUAGCCUGUACCUACUGUAACACACCUAUCGAAACCUUUGAUGAAGAGACAAUAAGUUUGUGUUUAAUAGCACUCUCGACCUUUCUACACCGAGAGUCGUCGAUGGCUGCACCAUUACUGUAUCGUAUCAUUAAAACUGUCACUACGUUCAUACAUUACCCAAUGUAUCCUUGGAAUGAGAACAAUGUUUUCGUGCCAGGAAACAGUCAAAGCGUGGCCAAGCAAUUGAUCAGGGUCAUUAUUCAUCAGGUAAGAACACAGAAAUUAAAGUAGGAAAGGUUAUUGUCAAAUUAAAAAAAAAUUUAAUUACAGUAUCUCUUCUAUUUUAAAAAUAAAGUUUAAUUUUUAAGUUUUCAACCAGUGGAAUUGCCCUCCAGCUUUUCGAUUCAAAGAUCGACAAUCCAUUAGCCUUCUGGGAGACAAUAUGCAAAUCUCUGAUGGACUUCACCGAUCUAAAUCCGAUUGCCUUGAUCCAAUGUCUGUUCGAUGAUCUUAUGAACAAUUGGACUUUGAAAUUGGAUCGAGUAUUUCAUAAUUUGGCAGCUUUUAUCAAUUAUGUUCCACUUGAUACCUACUUUUCGAACUGGACGGCCGUUGUCGCGCAACUGGACGCGUUCUUCAGACGAUAUCAAAGUCAGGUAAUAGUUUAUAUUGUAGUAAACAUGUUGAGAAAGGUUUUUUGAAGGAUAUUUACUUUGAUUUUGAGCUAAAAUUUGCAUAAUCUGGCUGUUUUUCUUAAGUUUUGACGAAAGUAUAGUAGUAGGUCGUUUUACAUGAUUUUUUGGCCAUUUUUUGUUGAUAUCAAUAAUUUUUUUGAUUAAAAACCAUUGUAAAGUACGAUAAACUAACUCUUCUUUCCUUACAGAUAAUCUCCGAGAACAACAGCAAUGGCAAUAGCCAAAGAAAGCCGAUUAAAACCGAGUUCAAGAGCUUGAUUGCCGUAAUGUCGCAAGUGAUGAAAGUACAAAACUUUUCGACCUUCAAAACUUCAGUCGCAAUGGUCGAAGCGUACGGUAAAUGGAUGACAGAAGCACUACAUGAAUGUAAAGCAGACUUGAAGGACUUGUUAUCAAUCUGUUCGAUUUGUAAUCGAGCUAUGCAUCGGGUAGGUGAAGAUACAGAAUAGUAUUUGGUUGUUCAGAUGUCUGCGCUUUUUUUAAAGGAAAUCUUUGGAGUUAAAGGGUGCAGAAUUAUUUGAACAACCUUAUAUUGUAAGCUUGUAAAAUAUUUUUUAUGAAAAUUAACAUCUUUGCUGGGUGGCCACAACGUAUUUUACCAUCAACUUUGAUUUAAGUUAACGUCUUAAAGUAUUUUAAAGCCACCAAUAGGUAAGCAAACUAGGAUUUGGGUUUAAAAGAAAAUUUUAAAAACCAGAGCCAAUCGUAUUUUACAAACUCGAAAUUUUUUUAUUUUACAGAAAAUACGAAAAAGAAUAUUUUGCGAGAGUUUGGUUAAGGUAUCAAACAUGAAACCUUGAGGUUUUUUGCAACUUGUAGUUUUUCAUAUGAGGCUUUUAAUUUUUUAAGUUACAGUAGUUUUGAGUUUACUGUACUGUACGCUUUUAGUACCUAGCGUCUAGUGUAAUAUAUGUCACCUCAUUUACUCACGAGACGCUAUAAUACUGCUCUUUAAGAAAGGCGUAUUUUACAUCAAAAUUGCUUUACCUUUUAAUUCUUUUAAAAUUUUUUUAUCACGUUCACCAACCUCUUUCAGGAACGUGACAAGCAAUGUCUGACCAGAGUAAUAGUGACAGAACUUGUUCAUGCCAUCAAAUUCCGUUGUGAACUGGUAGAGACCAACUAUAUGACGAUUGUAAAGCUGGUGUUACAAGACUUUGGAGAAAACGUGUCGGAUGACAUACCGGAUCUGGAUCAAUAUAGUACUGGAGGGUCCGAAACGAUACGACCGUUUUUGUCUGAUUUAUUGGAAUUCAUCGCUGAUCUUCAUGUGUUAAGCAAAUUGAAAAAGCAGACGAAUAGCGAUCGAAUGGGCGGGGAUUUGAAGGUAAGGGCUUAUUUUUACUCUACCCUUCUUUAUCCUAUCCUACUUUUUUCUACCCUACCCUACCCUCUCUCCUAUGCAAGUCAAAAUAGACUGCACCGUGUAAACCUAAAUAGACUGCACCCUGCAAGCUAAAACAGACUGCACCGUGCAAGUCCACAUUGCCUGCAUCGUGCAAGCCCCAUCAGAUUGCACAGUGCAAGCAAAACUAAACUACUCCGUGCAAAAAUAAUAAAAAAAAAAUAAUGAGUGCAAUAAAACUUCAAUUUAAAUUUUAGUACUAUAUAGUAUUAUCCUAUACAAACUAGUACCAAAUAAACCUAAUAUUCUUGAGACACUACUAAAAAUAUCGUUAAAACUUCUAUUUUCAGGCCGGCCUAGCCGAGACUCUAGCCCUCGAAAUGAGUAGACCAGCUCACAGAGACAAUCGAACUGUCGGUCGAUUCAUUCCUUGGCUCUUAUCACCUCCCAACAUCACUCAAGCUGUCCCUGGAGCCUUUGCUGAGAGUGUUACCAAUGUCAGAGUCUUAUCAUGGCUAUUAUUGGGAGCUCUUCAUGCUAAUCAAGAGUGCUUCCCAGUCCCAAUCAAUUGUUCCAAUCACAUGGCUGAUUACAUUCACUUUGUAUUGGCUGGAUUUGCGGAUCAAAGCAAGGUAACGUUUUGAAAUACGUUUACAAACCAAAAAAUGGCAAGAACUUUCUUUACAAAUCAAAAAUUGGCAAAAACUUACUUUACAAAACAAAACAUGGCAAGAACUUUCUUUACAAACAAUUUCAAAAUUUCAGCAAUCCGUGGUCCACAUGUCAGCCCUCUUUCACGCCUUCCAUCUGUGCCAAUUAUGGACUGUCUAUUGUGAAAAGGCAGCCUCAGUAAACGAAGACAGCUUCAACAAAGCGCCAGAGAACAUUGUGGAUUUCUGGAGUCGUGUAACCCCUGCCAUUCUACAGCUUUUGUCACACUCAAAAGUCUUGGCUGAUAUGGUUAAUCUUCAUUUCGUCAAUACAAUUCAAGCUCUACAACAAUGUAACAGUGCUACACUGUGUCAGUUGUAUCCAAUGUGGCAGCCGAUUCUUACCGUAUACCAUUCACAGAUUCCUUCACAAUUGAGGAUCAAACUGGAUGCUUGUGAGAACCAGGCCCCAGUCGAUGCGGCACCAUUGGCACCAUGGCUAAAGAAGGUGCGGUACAAGAUUUCACAAAUCGAACUACAGACUUCGGCUGCUUCACCGUUUUACAAUGUUUGA